GCCAUUUGUUGGUAAAGCAGCCCUCCUCUUGGCCCGGCAAGCCUACCAGCGUGUGGACCGAUUGGGCGAGGAGCACCCAGAAGCAUUAGCGGCAACCUACCAUCUGGCACAAGCGCUCGCCGGAGAAGGUUGCCACAAAGAAGCAACGAAGCUUUUCGAGUACCUUCAGACAAUAUACAAUCGCAAAAAGGGCGUGUCCCACAUGGAUACCCUGGCUGUCUGCAGCGCUUGGGCUCUGUCUUUGUGUGCCCUGGGAAAGCACGAUGACGCGGCAACCUUUCAGGACUCCACACUGACGAAGUUGCGAAGCAAAGUCGGGAGUGGCCAUCCACGGUCCAUGACGGAGCUGCUUGUUUGA